AUGGAGGAGUUUCGCUACCAUAGAUUGAGAUAUUUGGUAGAGGCAGAGGAGAUGGAAAAUGACAACAGCACAGUGGUGAAAUUCAUCCUUCUUGGUCUGACCCAGUCUCGAGAUAUUCAGCUCCUGGUCUCUGUUCUAAUUUUAAUUUUCUAUCUCAUCAUCCUCCCCAGAAAUUUCCUCAUCAUCCUCACCAUCAGAUCAGACCCUGGCCUCACAGCCCCCCUCUACUUCUUUCGGGGCAACUUGGCCUUCCUGGAUUCAUCCUAUUCCUUCAUUGUAGCUCCUAGGAUGCUGGUGGACUUUCUGAGUGAGUGUAAGACCAUCUCCUUUGAGGGCUGCAUUUCUCAGAUCUUCUUUUUGCACCUCUUCACUGGGACUGAGAUUGUGCUGCUGAUCUCCAUGUCUUUUGACAGGUAUAUUGCCAUAAGCAAACCUCUCCAUUAUUCAACAAUUAUGAGCCAAAGAGCAUGUGCUGGACUUGUGGUAACCUCUUGGACAGUGGGCUUCCUGCAUACAAUGAGCCAGUUAGCUUUAACCCUCUAUUUACCCUUCUGUGGUCCCAAUGUUGUAGACAGUUUCUUCUGUGACCUUCCUUUCAUCAUCCAGCUGGCUUGUAUAGAUAUGUAUGUUCUUGGAAUCUUCAUGAUCUCAACCAGUGGUGUGAUUGCUCUUAUAAGUUUUCUGCUUUUGCUCACCUCCUAUGUCAUUGUUCUUGUCACAAUCAAGGCCCACUCCUCUACAGGAACAUCUAAGGCUUUGUCUACCUGCACUGCACAUUUCAUGGUUGUGUUAAUGUUCUUUGGGCCCUGCAUCUUUAUCUAUGUGUGGCCUUUCACCAACUUCCUGGUAGACAAAGUUCUGUCUGUUUUCUAUACCAUCUUCACCCCCUUUCUGAAUCCACUUAUCUACACCUUGAGAAAUCAGGAAGUGAAGACAGCUGUGAAGAAGAAACUACGUCAUCAAAACUUAAACCUUGGGAAAACUACUCCAAGUUACCCAGUGCAAUGA